AGCCGCAGUCGGACGCAGAGGUAGGAAGCGCGGCGGCUCGUGUCGGUGCGCGCGAGGGAGAACCGGAGUCGGGUGGCUCUCCUCGCGGCACGCGGAGGCGAACGGGGAACCAGCACCAUGGCAGAACAGGAUGUAGAGAAUGAGCUUCUGGACUACGAGGAGGAUGAAGAGCCCCAGGCUCCUCUAGAGAGCACGCCCGCUCCCCCAAAGAAGGACGUCAAGGGCUCCUACGUUUCCAUCCACAGCUCUGGCUUCCGGGACUUUCUGCUGAAGCCUGAGCUGCUGAGGGCCAUCGUGGACUGUGGCUUUGAGCAUCCAUCUGAGGUCCAGCAUGAGUGCAUCCCCCAGGCCAUCCUGGGCAUGGACGUGCUGUGCCAGGCCAAGUCUGGGAUGGGCAAGACGGCCGUCUUCGUGCUGGCCACCCUGCAGCAGAUCGAGCCCGUCAACGGACAGGUGACCGUCCUGGUCAUGUGCCACACAAGGGAGCUGGCCUUCCAGAUCAGCAAGGAGUAUGAGCGCUUCUCCAAGUACAUGCCCAGCGUCAAGGUGUCCGUGUUCUUUGGGGGCCUCUCCAUCAAGAAGGAUGAAGAUGUGCUGAAGAAGAACUGUCCCCACGUCGUGGUGGGGACCCCAGGCCGGAUCCUGGCCCUUGUGCGGAACAGGAGCCUGAACCUGAAGAACGUGAAGCACUUUGUCUUGGAUGAGUGUGACAAGAUGCUGGAGCAGCUGGACAUGCGGCGGGACGUGCAGGAGAUCUUUCGCCUGACACCCCAUGAGAAGCAGUGCAUGAUGUUCAGCGCCACCCUGAGCAAGGAGAUCCGGCCUGUCUGCAGGAAGUUCAUGCAGGAUCCCAUGGAGGUGUUUGUGGACGACGAGACCAAGCUCACGCUGCAUGGCCUACAGCAGUACUACGUGAAGCUCAAGGACAGCGAAAAGAACCGCAAGCUCUUUGACCUCCUGGACGUGCUGGAGUUCAAUCAGGUGGUCAUCUUCGUCAAGUCGGUGCAGCGCUGCAUGGCCCUGGCCCAGCUCCUGGUGGAACAGAACUUCCCAGCUAUCGCCAUCCACCGGGGCAUGGCCCAGGAGGAGCGCCUGUCCCGCUAUCAGCAGUUCAAGGAUUUCCAGCGGCGGAUCCUGGUGGCCACCAAUUUGUUUGGCCGAGGGAUGGACAUUGAGCGAGUCAACAUUGUUUUCAACUAUGACAUGCCGGAGGACUCGGACACCUACCUCCACCGUGUUGCCCGUGCAGGUCGCUUUGGCACCAAAGGCCUGGCCAUCACUUUUGUCUCUGAUGAGAAUGAUGCCAAAAUCCUCAACGACGUACAGGACAGGUUUGAAGUGAAUGUGGCUGAGCUUCCAGAGGAAAUUGACAUCUCCACAUACAUUGAGCAGAGCCGGUAGCCACGUGCCGUGACAGCCCGGAGCACCCUGCGGCCCAUGUGCUGCCUCACAGCCCCUUCCUAGGUGCCAGAUGGGUCUUCUCUUCGCUGCUCAAAAGCUGUAGAUUUGUGUAAGAAUAAAUUUUUAUUGUGAAAGCUUG